AUGGAAACCACACUAAGAAGUUCGUAUGAUGCAAGUUUUAAGUUGAAGGCCAUCGAUCUUGCUAUCCAGGAGGGAAACCGCGCUGCUGCACGCAAGCUUAGCGUCAAUGAGUCUAUGGGGAGACGUUGGAGGCGGCAGCGGGAAGAGCUCAUGCAAUGCCAAAAGUCGAGAAAAGCUUUCAGAGGACAUAAAAGCCAGUGGCCUGAACUUGAAAAUGUCCUGGAGGAAUGGGUGAACACACAGAGAGCAGGUGGCCGAGGUGUAUCCACUGUACAGAUCCGACUGAAAGCCAAAACAAUCGCCCGCGAAAUGAAUAUUAAAGAUUUCAAAGGUGGGCCGUCAUGGUGUUUCAGAUUUAUGAAACGUAAAAACCUGUCCAUCAGGGCACAGACCACUCCCUGUCAGCAACUCCCCCCUGACUAUCAGGAAAAAGUUGAAAACUUCCACAAAUUCGUUGAAAAAAAGAUACAAGAAAACUCCAUCGGACCAGACGACAUAAUCAAUAUGGAUGAAGUACCUUUAACGUUUGCUCUGCCUCUGACCAGGACCGUUAACAAGACAGGUGCAUCAUCCGUGUUGUUGAAAACAACAGGCCAUGAGAGGACGCACUUCACCUGUGUUCUGGCAUGCACGGCAUCCGGACAAAAACUUCCACCAAUGGUGAUUUUUAAGCGCAUAACUAUGCCGAAAGAGCAACUCCCGAAAGGCAUAGUGGUCAAAGUUAACACCAAAGGGUGGAUGAUAGAAGGUCUAAUGAAGGAAUGGUUAACGGAGUGCUAUGGGAAGUGCCCGGGAGGAUUUUUUCACCGGAAAAAAGCACUGCUUGUUUUGGAUAGCAUGAGGGCCCACAUCACAGAUUCUGUGAAAGCAGCGAUCAAGAAAACAAACUCCAUUCCAGCUGUGAUUCCUGGAGGUACAACAAAGUUUUUGCAGCCACUUGACAUCAGUGUAAAUCGGGCAUUUAAAGCUGCACUACAGGUUGAGUGGGAGACUUGGAUGACAAGCGGUGAAAAGUCAUUCACAAAAACUGGCCGCAUGCGAAAAGCAUCCUUUUCUGAUGUCUGUCAGUGGAUCCUAACAGCGUGGAGUGCUGUGAAAGAAUCCACCAUCACCAAUGGGUUCCGAAAGGCUGGACUGCUGCGCGAAGAGAGCGGCGCACCUUCAGAGCCAACUUCACCGGAGGAUGACAGUGACACGGAGAGCGAGACUGAUGGAGGCAGAUGUGAUGAAGCUCUUCUGAGCCUGUUCAACUCUGACACUGAAGAAGACGACUUCAUGGGUUUCAGCGAAGAUGAUUAA